CGUGCAGAUCCCCUGUGAAAUCGCUCAAAUCGCAAAUCAGAGAUGGAGUGUCUGAAGGAUCGCGGCAAUCACUUGGUCAUCGCAUGCCUUCUCUUGGUGGGUCUUCUGUACAUUUUCUUCAACUCGGCUCCUGCAGGCACUCACCUCCUCUUUCAGCUCCAAGGCAAGAACACUCAUCCAUCCCUCGUUUCGGGAUCAAACGCAACCGAGUAUAAGGAUGAGCUCGAGGAAGCAUUGGCUAAGGCGUCAAGGCCAAACAAGACGGUGAUCAUAGCGACGGUGAACAAGGCUUAUGUAGAAGGGGAUAAGCCGAUGCUCGACUUGUUCUUGGACGGGUUUUGGCUGGGCGAGGACACGCGUGGCCUAGUCGACAAUCUCUUACUGGUGGCGAUCGACCGAACGGCCUUCGAGCGAUGCUUGUUUCUGAGGCUUCACUGCUACCAGCUCCAAACAGAGAAUGAUUCAGCUGGAGAGAAAGUGUACAUGUCUCAGGACUUCAUCGAUAUGACGUGGAGGCGAACUCUUUUUUUGGGCGACGUGCUCGAGCGAGGUUACAGCUUCAUUUUCACGGACACGGACGUGAUGUGGCUAAGGGACCCAUUCCCAAGGUUGAGCCCUGAAGACACCAUCGACCUCCAGAUCAGCAACGACCGGUUCGAUGGCGACGAGUGGAGCCAAGCCAAUCCCAUCAACACCGGCUUCUACAUGGCCCGGUCCAACAACAAGACAGUCGCGCUCUUUCGCGAAUGGUAUCGGAGAAAGGACACGUCCCUGGGGCUCAAGGAGCAGGACGUGCUGGACCGGAUGAUGCACGAGGGCGUGUUCUCGCGGCUGGGCCUAAGGGUGAGGUUCUUGGAGACGACCCUGUUCAGUGGGUUCUGUGAAGACAGCAGGGACGUGAGGGUCGUGUCCACGGUUCACGCCAACUGCUGUCGCACCAUCAAGGCCAAAGUGGCCGAUCUCACCAAGAUUGUCCAUGACUGGAACAGGUUCAAGAGUAGUCCUCCGGCAAAUGGUACAGCGCCGUUUGCUUGGUCGCGGCACUCGGCUUGCGAAGAUUCGUGGCAUUAGGCAGAGCUUUGGCCUCAGCUCCUGGUUAUUAGAUUCAUCUUUGAAGCAAUUGAUCGGUGAUUCUUGACUAUUAUAACUUUGCUUGACUUGACCA